AUGGACCAUCCAGACGUUCGCUUGCAUCACAAAUCUUUCAAGUGUUGUCAUAAAGCAAAGAAAGAGGCAAUGGAGGAGUCAAAGAGAUACAAGAGGAUGGUUAAGCAGACUAUGGGCAAGAAAAAGAACAACAAAAAGGGUCAUGGGUCUGGAUCAGGAUCCGGUUUGCUUCGGAUGAAGGUGAGAAAGCUCCAAAUACUGAUACCGGGUGGGAAAAGAUGCAACCACCCGAAUCUACUUUUAUUAAAAACCGUUGACUAUAUUUUCUACUUGAAGUUGAAGCUUAGGCUCCUUACAGCAUUAUCCGACUGUCUUUGAGGAUCAUAACAGUUUUCUUCUUCUCUCCUCAUUUCUAAAAAGUUAUGGUAUGCAAAGUUUAUUUUUCCGUGUAUGGAUUGUCAUUUGGAGUUUGCUUUAAGUCGUAUUUUCCUUUAUAUAUGUUAGAUAGUGUACGUGUCUAUGUUUAUGUAACAGUAAGAAGUUUGUCUGCAAGUUUAUAUGUAGUCAAUUUGAAAAUCUACAAUGUGUUUUGUGAA